ACCUAUAUAAACCCCUUCCACUGUAAAAAUCACAUCCUGAGCUUCUUCUUCUUCGUCUUGGGAAUCGCACCCUCACAGCAAGCAUGGGCUUACCGGCAAUCGUCGAUUUUGCUCGGAAUUUCUCCGUCAUGGUCAGAGUCAAAGGCCCUGACCCCAAGGGCCUCAAAAUGCGAAACCAUGCUUUCCACCACUACAACUCCGGGACGACGACUAUAUCAGCUUCCGGGAUGCUAUUGCCGGAAACCCUUUACGCCGGUGAGGCGGUGAAGAAGCUUUCCGGCGGCGGAAGUGACCGGUCACCGGCUCUGGUCGUGACUGUUGCUUCUGUUGUUGAGCCUUUUCUGUCUUUGCAACAUAGAGAGAGCCUUGCCCAGGGCAGGCCUGAGUUGAUUCCUGGGGUUGAGAUUGAUGUUAUGGCAGAGGAUGAAAUGACGUUGGAAAAAAACUCGGAGAAAGGACCUCCACGCUGGUUUGCAGCACAGCUUUUAAGCCUGAUUGACAUUCCUGCAUCUGCUGUGGCACUCCAAUCUCUUAUUGAUGCCUCUAUAAGCUCCCCAGAGCAUGGAUGGGAGGUCGGUUGGUCUUUAGCCUCACAUAGUAAUUCUCAGCCAGUUACGGAUGCCAUUCAGACACAGGUAAAUUUUGCAAGUUUUACGGGAAGGUCAACUACAAGAAUCGCAAUUCUCGGAGUAUCCUUGUUUUCUAAGGCUGUGCCAAAUAUUAGCAUAUCACCCUCCAAUAAAAGGGGAGACUUUCUUGUAGCAGUGGGUUCUCCUUUUGGUAUCCUGUCACCUGUGCACUUCUUUAACAGCAUAUCAGUGGGGUCCAUUGCCAACUGCUAUUUGCCUAACUCAUCUUACAGCCCCUUGCUGAUGGCAGACAUACGAUGUCUUCCUGGAGCGGAAGGUGGUCCAGUUUUGAGUGAGAAUGCACAACUUAUUGGUAUGUUGAUUAGACCAUUGAGGCAGAAGACUAGCGGUGCUGAAGUUCAGCUGGUAAUUUCGUGGGAAGCCAUUGCAACUGCUUGCAGUGACUUGCUGCAGAAGGAGCCUCAUUAUGCAGAAAAAGGGAUUUAUUAUGACCGGGGAAACUUCAAUGCUGUAGGGAAAGCAUUUUUAGCAGACACCAGCAGCUCAAAUGGACCCAUAACGCAUAUCCAGGAGCAUUGUUCUACUAGUUGCUCCCCAUCAGCUGUUGAGAAGGCAAUCACUUCUGUUUGUCUAAUAACCAUAGAUGAUGGUGUAUGGGCAUCUGGUGUUUUCCUCAACAAGAAAGGCCUGAUACUCACAAAUGCUCACCUAUUAGAGCCAUGGAGAUUUGGUAAAAGGACUGCAAGUGAUGGAUACAUCUCUGAUGCUCCUCCUCUGCUAUCUGACGGAUCGUCGUUGCCAGGAUGUAAUGGAGUUGGGGUUGACCAGAAGAUUCAAGGCAUUUUUCCAGGGGUUCACAAGAAUGGAGAUCCCUCUGUUGGGGAUGAACAAGGAGCACUGGAUUCAUCUUACAAAGGCCAGAGAAACAUACGUGUCCGCCUGGAUCAGAUGGACCCUUGGAUAUGGUGUGAUGCCAAAGUAGUCUAUGUUUGUAAAGGACCUUUAGAUGUGGCCUUGUUACAGCUCAAAUACAUCCCAGAUCAGCUUUCCCCAGUUGUCAUGGACUUUUCAAUGCCAUCUUUAGGAUCGAAGGCAUACGUUAUUGGACAUGGACUGUUUGGACCCAGAUGUGGCUUUUCCCCAUCAAUUUGUUCUGGUGUGGUGGCAAAAGUCGUCAAAGCAAAGUUUCUACCCUCAUAUCAACCCAGUCAACAAGGAAAUACUCAGGGUCACUCUCCUGUGAUGCUUGAAACAACAGCCGCUGUCCAUCCAGGUGGUAGUGGUGGUGCUGUUGUAAAUUCAGAUGGUCAUAUGAUUGGACUUGUUACAAGCAAUGCUAGACAUGGUGGAGGAACAGUUAUACCACAUUUGAACUUCAGCAUUCCAUGUGCAGCUCUCCAGCCAAUUUUCAAGUUCUCAGAAGACAUGCAAGAUCUUUCACUUCUUCAGGUUCUUGACCAACCAAACGAACAUCUCUCUUCAGUAUGGGCAUUGAUGCCGCAUCUGUCUCCAAAACCCCCUCCUUUGCCUCAUAUGCAACAUUCAUUGCCAAAUGAUCACAACAAAGAAGCAAAAGGUUCACGCUUUGCAAAAUUUUUAGCUGAAAGACGAGAUGUGUUUCCAAAGCCAACGCAGCAUAACAGGGCUGGAAGACUAUUAGACGGCGUAGUUCCUAGCAAGUUAUGAUCAAUACUGCAAUUUCCUAGACGUAUCAAGAUUAUCAUUUUCAUAGUUCUGCUUUACAUACUACAGAAAUUGGGUGAUACAUCCAUAGUCAGCAGUUGAAUUUGCUCCAGUUUUGAGUUCUGUAACUUUAUAGGAAAGCAAUGUACAUAGGUGAAUAAUGCUCCUCCGCAAAUAACUAAAUGGUCUCUCCUUUUCCCUUCA